AUGGACGAUCCCGAAUAUAUAUAUUCUGGCCAGCACGACGAGGGGUACGACAGCGAUCGCAGCACACGAGCACCAUCGAGUAGCCCAGCGUUUGGACCCACCCAUUGCCCGCCAGAGCCCAUGCAGUUCAGUCAGCAGCGGCGACAGAAAGCGCGGCCAUUUCGCGAAUGGUUACGAGUGUUGACAGAUACAUUCAUAGUGCGCGGGACGCAUACUCCCAUGCGGUGGAUGCUCGAUUUGCAUACGUACGGGCCACGGAUCCAUUACAGUAGUACUGCGACGGGCCACAUGAGCUGGCUCGGGCAGGACGAAUUGCUAUACAAGGAAGUCCAUUUCACCAUGGGCGACUUCCGUGGCUAUAUCCAUGGGUAUACAUUGAAUUUGCCCGCGUACCGGAAUAUCGCCAUUGGGAUCAGCCGGCGGUAUUUACGGGUAUCCAGCGUUUUCCCCCAGAAUCUCCAGGACGAUGGCAGUGCUCAGGCGCCAGCUGACGACGACCAUGAACCAGAAGACCAUAUUGCAGAUUUACAGGCUGCGCAUUCAUCCCACGUCGCCGGCAUGACUUAUGGGCGCGAGAUCACCGAACAGGCUGUGACGACGGCGCACCGACGGGAGAUGUUUCGAUUAUCCAGCACGGAUUGA